AUGCCACUCCUUCUUCAGCUCUUCCUGCCGCUUCAGUCACACCUGGUACUCAGACAACUCCCACUCAUUGCGCGCUCGUAUUUCCUCCUCCCAGCCGGCCCGGCCUCGCCGGCCGCGGUGCAGGAUGUUGCCGAGCGCUUGGAUGCACUGCCACCAUUUCUCGUCGGCGAGGUAGGCGGUGCGCAUGUUCGGCUUAAGGAGCUCCCAGCCAUGCUCGUCCGGGAUCUUUUGGUUCUUGCCGCUGCCGACGCCGAUGGAGGCUAUUGCGCGCAUGAAGCGGGGGGCCGGGCCGUCGGCGUAGUGCAGAUGGGGUGGGCCUUCGGUGGCGCACUGGAGGAUGACGAGGUAGAAGGAAUCCAUGUCGUGGCAGAGGUUCCGGUGCGUGAGAUUCUCCGGGAUAGAGAGAUAGGUGGAGGUGAAACCAGGUGUGCUGUGGGUGAGGCCGCGCCAGGAGAGGCCGUGCUUGUCGAGGGUGUUGGACCAGUCGAUUAG